AUGUCACUCACACCUCAGCAAAUCGACAUCAUCAAGGCUACAGUGCCUGUUGUCGAAGAGUAUGGAACUGCCAUUACUACCACCUUUUACAAAAACGUUCUCGACGCGAAUCCAGCACUAAAUAACAUCUUCAACCAAACAAACCAAAAGAAUGGAGCUCAACCACGUGCUCUGUCAGGUGCUCUCGCUGCUUAUGCGGCCAAUAUUGAUAACCUUGCUGUACUUUCAGAUGCCGUGGAAAGAAUAUGUCAAAAACAUGCCUCAUUAUUCAUCCGACCAGAACACUAUCCCAUCGUGGGAAAAUACCUCCUGGAGGCCAUGGGCCAAGUACUCGGCGCAGCAUUGACGCCAGAAAUCCUAGACGCGUGGACGGCUGCCUAUAAUCAAUUGGCCCAGAUCAUGAUUGACAGAGAAGCACAAUUAUAUCAAGAAGCUGGCGAGUGGAAAGAAUGGAGAUAUUUCAAGAUCGCCAAGAAAGUCAAGGAAUCCAGUAUCAUCACCUCUUUCUACCUAGAACCCGCCGACGGAAAACCCCUCCCUCUUUUCAAACCGGGCCAGUACAUUUCAGUUCAGGUCCAUGUACCAGACUUCGGAUAUUUGCAAUCCAGACAAUACUCAUUAAGUGACCGCCCAAAUGAGAAAUACUACCGAAUCAGUGUAAAACGAGAGGAUGCUGUUUUCCUACCAGAACGCAACACACCAGUUGAAGCAGGUGUGAUCUCAAAUACUCUCCACGAUACCAAGCACGAAGGUGAUAUCGUCCAAGUAUCUCCACCUCAGGGAGAAUUCUUUCUCGAUCUACAGAAGAAUGUCGAUUCUCCUGUAGUUUUAAUCUCCGCCGGAGUUGGCCUCACACCCAUGGUAUCCAUACUCAACACUUUGGUAGAAAGAGGAAGCACGCGAUCAGUAUCAUAUAUCCACGCAGCGCGCAGCAAAGAAGUCGAUGCAUUCCAUGACCAUGUCCAAGAAAUCGCUACAUCGCAGUCGAAUAUCAAAUCUUGGGUUUUUGUCAAGAAUCUACCAGCCGAUGAUUAUGGACAUCCGGUUAAGGAUCUAGUGGGACGAAUGGAUCUAUCGAAAGUUAAGGAUGAUGCGUUGCAUUUGGAUAAUGUCUCGACAGUGUAUUUUAUUUGUGGUCCGGGGGGAUUCAUGAACGAUAUGAGUAAGACUUUGCAGACAUUUGGAGUGAGCGAAGAUAGGGUUAAGUUGGAGGUUUUUGGGACCGGAGAAGCUCAAUGA